AUGGAAGCUGAUGGCAGUGAGUCCUUAAUUAAGAGUGAAAUGGACUCCGGUAGAAACAUGAAUAACAGUAACAAUAACGCCCUGGGGGCGGUUGGAGUAUCUAUACCUUUUCCGGAAGAUCUUUUGGGUGUACCACAAGAUUCCUUGAACGGUGCUGGGGCGGGCCCAGCAUCCCAAGGUGUGCCUAAUUACCCUCAGGCAGGAAUUCCUGGUGCUGCACCAUCGUCAUCUGGAGUGUCCCCAGCUACAGGUAAUGUGAAUGCCAACGGACAUCGUGAUUCUAGCGGACAAACACCUGUACAAGGUGGACAAAUUUCACAAAACGUGAACUAUCAUCCUGCCGGGAUACAAGGAUCUGCAGCUGAGCUGAACUUCGGAAAUGGUCCCUCUCUGGCAGAAGAAACUUCGAAAUAUAUUCACAGCAGAAUGGCAAAUCAGAACUUUGCCAUGUUCCCAUCAUACAUGCAGACCCAUAGUUUAAUGGACCCUUCUAUCCAGGAAUCACUAUCUCCUUUCUUCCAACCGUUCGGGGUUGACGCGUCACAUUUUCCAAUGACCAACCCACCUAUCUUCCAGAGUGCAUUGGCAACGGAUUCGUUUAACCCAAGACGAAGAAGAAUAUCUAUCUCAAACGGUCAAAUCGGACAGUUAGGUGAAGAUGAAGAUAAUGUAGAAUCUAUUUAUUACAGUCAACCCCCACCAAUGCCUCCACUACGUCCAAACCAAAUGCAAAAUAACAAUACAAGAGUCAAAGUUGAGAUAAAUGGUGAGGAUUCCUUAGGUUUGAAUCAAAAUAACGGUUCUGACAAUAAUAAACAAUCUUCUACAAACCUUUUCCCUUCAAGGCUAAGUUUCCAAGAACUACAAGAAGAAUCUAAAGUUUUGGACAACGUUAUUGAUCCAUCGAACCCCCGUGUUAGUAACGGUGGUAACCAGAGGCAAUCGGUAGCAAUGUCAAAACAAAUGAGCGAAACUUCAUCUAUCAAAUCGAGUAAUUCGGCUAUGUCCACCGAAAAGCAUGUUUUGCCCGGAACAGCAGCCUGGAAAAGAGCGAGACUAUUGGAAAGAAAUCGUAUUGCGGCAUCUAAGUGUAGACAGCGGAAAAAGAUCGCUCAAGAACAACUACAGAAGGACGCUACGGUUUUAAGAAACUCCAAUAGGAUUAUGAAAACCAAAUUAGAGUAUUAUCAGAAAUUAGUUUCCAAAUUCAAAAGGUACAUAGAAUUGCACAUGCAAUCAUGUGGUGGAAACAAUGAUGGACUAACAAUAAUUGAAGACAUGCUCAAAAUUGAUCAUGAUCUGCAUCAAGACGAGCAUGGCAAUCUUGUGAAUUCAAAUAAGAAUUGA